AUGACGUUGACGCCCCUCAAGACACCAAUCCGUGACGCAGCGAUGGCCUUGCUGGCGGUGAUCUUUCUGGUCAUGGGCGCAGCUUUUUCUAUAGUUGCCUUGGAAGCCGUGUGGUGGGAGGGUGCCUUGGGCAGCUCCUCGGGCCUUGCCUCAGUCCGAGGCGACCUGGGCCUUUGGACGUUCGUGGCGCACUCUGACAUCCUGGGUGCUACUUUCACCUCAAAGCCCGUCUACCUGAAUGCGACCACCCUUUGUGGCGGAUCGGAAUCAGUAGUGACGAUCCAGGAGGCUUGUUCCGGCAUUCAAGCGACGCGGGCUCUGGUUGGUGCCGCUGUGGCAUUCUCCAGUGUUGCGACGCUUGCGAGCUUGUUCUCGUUCGGCGCGCUGCUGAACUGCGGGGGCAAGUGUGACGAUCAGCUGGGCAAAAGGCUUCUGCUGAUCUCCAGUGGUCUGGCCAUCACAGCCGCAGGUCUGAUGAUAGGGGCCAUGAUCGCAGGCGCAGUGGCCGGCCAUGGUAUGGGCCUGGGCAACUUCGGCACGCUGACCUAUGCCAUGGGGCCGGGAGUGUAUGGUGCCAUCUUCCAGAUUGUUAUAUGUCUGCUGGGUGCAGCUUUGGCCACAUCCGCUUGGAAUGACCUUAACCAUCAUCACAAGGUUCUACGGCACAUGGAGGCUGGCUCCCAGGUGUAG